UUUGGCUAACAAUUAAACGUGUCGGAAAUAUAUUAAACUAGACAUGGCGUUCAGUCGGCUAGAAUUGAAAAUCAUUUCGAUUAUUCAGCUGGUAAUGUCAGUUAUCCUUUUUGCACUCGGCAUCGUGGAUCACUUUGAAGUACGUUACACAUACCUCAGCCAUUUGUUGAUGCCAUGCUGGAUAGCAGCUCUUGUAUUGCCAUCGGGCAUCAUGGGAUUGAUUCUGGCAGUCAGGGUCAGACGCUCCCCGAUUCUGAUAAAUUGGCUCACUUCAAUUAGUAUUGCCUCUGUUGUGGUUUCUGCGGUGGUACUUGAAGCGUAUUCGUGGGCUCUGAGAACUUUAUUGGGUUUCAAAUAUGACAAAUACGAUGGUUCAAACUACAGCAAUGCACCGAGUUUCCCCUACAUUUGGGCUAAAGACGCAAAAAUCAAGUUUGAAGACCAGGAAAACACCAUGAUAGCCAUACAUGCCUUGAUUGUCAUAUUUACCAUCUGUGAGAUCAUUCUCGCCGUGGCAACUGCUCGGAGCAGUGAAACUGGGCGUCAGUCGCCGCAGGAAAAUCAGUCUGGCUAUCCAUAUCAUCAUAUCGAAAGUGGACAAGUACCGAUCCAACUGCAGGCUUUUCCAACACAAGCUAUGAUGACCAUUCCGAUCUCUGGAGUCGACUAUAGGAAUAGUGGCCUCCAGCAGCGCAUGUAGCCACUGAAUGUUCGUUUGCUUGUUCAGUGGUGUUUUUCGGAAAUAUCAU